AAAUUACAGCCCAAUUCUGAGAAAUCUCCCCGGCCGCUGUCGGAGAAAAACCCUAGUUUUCAUCCGGUAAUUCUCAGAAACAGUAGUGGGCGGUUGAAAUUUUCGAAGUUCAUACGCGUUUCACGUACCAUUUGUCCAGAGCUUACAUGUGAGUUAUUCAUCUUCACAACUUGAGCUACAUUUCUGGAAGAAUCGACGUAAGGCUCGUAGUUUAUCGUGCUGGUUUUCAAUCUCUGGGUCUCCGUUCAUGGUGCCGUUUUCGUAUUUGAAAAGUGUUCAUGGGUCUUCUCCAUACUGUAGAAACGCCGGAAAUUUCGUUGACGAUUUGGGUAUUGCGUUUCGGUUUUCGGGUUUAUUGUCAGCAAGAGCCUUUUCAUCUACCGGAGACGUCAAAACUCGUAAUGGGCAAAGACAGGAUGGAUUGAAACACGGCCCAUUGAGUGGGUUGCUAGAGAGUUUUGGAUUCACUUCUGAACAAGUAACCAAAGUUUCAAAGCAUCUUCCAGAUGCUUACAGUGCUGAGAAAAUUUCUCCAAAGCUUCGAUUUUUACGGUCUGUCAUCGGCUCGGAGAAUGACGUCAUUAGAUAUGUGACUGCAAAACCCAGAGUUCUUGCUUCCAGUUUGAAGAACCAGCUGGAGCCAAACUACAAGUUCAUCAAAUCAAUUCUUGGGGAGGAUGAUUCAGUUGCUAAAUGCAUUAGAAAUUCUUCACGUCUCUUAACCUUGGAGCUUGAGGGCAAUCUGGCUGCUAAAGUUUCUUUCCUCAGAGGACACGGAUUCCCCAAUGCUUCCAUUGCCAAACUGAUGCAGAAUUCUCCAUGCAUACUAGAAUUGUCCUUUUCAAAACUCGAGGGAUCGUUGAAGAAAGCGGAGAAUUUCGGGCUCAUGCCGUCCAAUCCCAUAACCAUCUCUGCUAUCAAGGCGAUCGGUCAGAUAAAUGAAUCAAAUUGGGAGCAGAAACGGGAGGUUUAUAGAAAAUGGGGUUUGGAAUGAGCUCUUCGGAUAUUGCCAAAUUGCCGAAUAUCAUGUUCUUUAGUGUGGAGGAGAGGGUCAUCCCUAGAUGUUCGGUCGUUGCUCUUUUGCACUCGAAGGGCGUUCUUGGUGACAGACCUCUUACCAUCUCUACUUACCGGGGGGCACUAAGGGCGGGAGAGGAAGCUUUCGUGAAAAGGUAUGUCGAUAAAUAUCCAGAGCAUGUUCUUGAACUUUGGGAAAAGCUUCGACACAGAGCUGUUGUUUGAUUAGGUAUUACUCCUUAUGGAAGUACAUCAGUGUGAAUGAACCAUGACAUCUUUAUAUCAUUUUCUUCCUGCAUGUAUAUGAUAUUAUAGAUUGUCAAAAAGAAGUUUCGGACAAGCUCUUGUUUUCGAAUGCAAUGAAACCCUCAUCUCAACAGAAAACAGGAAAUUCAUUGGAGAUUUUGGUUUAGGGGACGCAAAAGAAAGAUCUAUUGGUAGAGACUUCCUAUAAAAUUAUUUUACUUGUGGGAAUCGAUCAAGAAAGACACAGUCAGUGGAAUUGAGACGGGCGUGUCAGUUUAACGUUGUACUAAUUGAUCAUACUCCUCCUGAUGAUGAGGAGGAUUUCUACA